CAUUUCUAUGUCUUCAGCCCARSAAUUUGGCGCCCAAUGAGGGUGUGAUAUACGGUAUGACCGCYUUUAUGCUUAUCUGCGUUGUAAUGCUGGUGAUCGCUAUCUUCAUAUGGAGACCACGAAGCUUUGGUAGAUAUCCCAUCGCUUCUUUAAGGCCUAAAUACAAAGCCCUUGGGGCACCAGUACCUGUAGUACCAAUACCAGGAAUAGAUGACAGUCUUGAGCUUCUAGGUCCAAGAGGAGUAGCCGAGGGAGCACCGUCAUACGAAAGCCACAACGUUAAGUUUGAUCUCGAGAAUUUCAAUGUCAGGACACUUUAUGACAAACUUGAAGAUCAAACGUUACAUAUGAGCUCACAAUUAUCUCGGCAUCAGGCAGAUUUGAAAGGUUUCUUUGAUAGAAUCAUGGGGCAGACGGAGAAGCUUCGAGAUAUGCUUGACAACCUGGACGUAUCGGCACUUAUAAAGGCAACUCGUGACCAGGCCCAAUCAGGUGGUGGUGAGCAAGGUAGUCAUGGUGAGGAAGAGGAAAGUCGUCAGCAAACAGCUGCAUCGAAGUCUACUUUCAAAGGAAUGACCGCUGGUUCACAAGUUCGUGAACACGAAUUAAUGGCAAGCUUACAGAACCUUCUUGAACAAGUCGAGAAAGGGAACUAUGGACGACCUUACACAGUCGUCAUGCCAGGCGCASGGGGUGGUGGUAUGGAAUCUGGUGUUGUUCAUCCKGUGCCAGAGGGACACGUUGUUACAGUACCAUUACAAUCCAGCGACUCCCCCGUCGUUCAUUGGCAGAUCCAUGGCACCAGUGACGUCAGUGAUUUCUUACGAACAAUGAACAAGGAACGAAUGCACUUAGAGCAGGAACUGGGACGAGAGGARGAGACCGCUGUCCACAGUCUCAUAAAGGAACAGGAGGAAAAGAGAGCAAGAGGCAUGAAAGAACUCGCUGAAAAACUUGCCAACAGGCUAACAGGAGACUUGAGUGAGGACGAAAUGAAAGCCAUUAUGGAAGACCAUGAACGAGAAGUAGCCAAUCUUGAAAACGCUUUGGACUCUGAAAAAGAAAGACAACUGGCUAGUCUUCGUGAUAAAUUAAGAAAGCGACGAGAAGAAAAAGAGGCUGCUUUGUUAAAGAAGCAAAAAGACGAGGCUGAAAGGUCCAAAAUCAAGUUUGACGAUGUAGAAGCCAAAGCUGAUGCCGAGACUUUAAUCAGAACACAAGAAUCAAUUCAAGAUGCAAUUAUCCAGGAGCAAAUCACUGGACAGGCAAUAUCAGARAAACAGACCUCUGAUCAGGAAGUUGAAUCAUACCGUAGGAGAAUGGGAGACAUGUUCUGUGCUACUGUGGAUGACCUAGUUGCUUCAGGCUCUCUCGACCCUGACAAGGCAGAGCAAYUGAAGAAAGAACAAAUGGAUGUUGAGGAGAAGCUGUCACGUGAUCUUGCACAGAAAAAAGCACUACAAGUAUCUCUUUUAAAGGCAAAAUUCGCCAGCAGGAAGAAAGAUAAAUUGAAAAAACUGAGAGAAAAACAAGAAGCUGAAAAAGCAAAGGCGAUAAGCGAAGGAGCAGACCUUGAAGAACUAGCCAAGAAACACGAAGCCGAGCGAAGAGCUUUAGAUUCACGAUUUGAAAGCGAAGAAGCUCGUCAGCUUGGUGAAAUGGCCAUAAAGUUAAACGAAGAACACAAAGAACAUGUCAAACAAGCUCACAAGGAAUUACUAGAAAAGUUAACAGGUGACAAUAACCUUGACGCCGUGCUACAACAGCAAAUCAUGGAYCAGUUCCGUAAAGAUAACGAAGCUUUGCUUGAUCAACUUGAGAAAAGUAAAUUCAAGAGCCUGGAUGACACCAAGGCUAAGUUGGCGUCACGUCUAGCCCGAAGACAAGAAGAGGCACGGCGCAAGGCCGAAGAAGAAUCAGCCAAACGUAUAUUGGAGGARCAAAGUAAAGCUCUGGCUGCUAACAAACCGGUAGACGCUGAACAUGUAGCGGUACCCGAGGUAAUAAUGCCAAGAGAAACUACCGAAGAACAGGCCAUUAAGAAAGAACAGCAACGGGUUCUUGACGACAUGAAGCUACGCCAUGAAGAAGAGGCUCAAAAUAUGAAGGACAAACUCGGCAAAGAUUUGAAGAAAGACGAAGAUGCUGCGAUGAAUGAAUUCGACGCAGAAACAGAACGACACAUGAGAGAAAUCAAAGAGAGGCAUGCUGCAGAGAUUUCUGCUCGCAGUGACGCUAUGUCACCUGAGGAACUACAACAGUUGCUUGCUGCUCACCAACAUGAAGUCGAGGAAGCACUUGAGAAACUCGAUGCCGAUCGAAGUCGACAGAAUUCUAACCUGCGCGCCAAAUUAGCCGAAAAGAAAAAGAAGAAGAUGGAAGCUCUUCGACGUAAGCAGGAACGUGAAAUGGCAAAGGAACUAAUGGAACAGAAAAAAGAAUUGACUGAUGCUAGAAAUGAUCAGGUUAAGGAAGCAGAAAAGCAGGCAAUGAUUGAAGGAAUUCGUGAAAACGGURCCGAAGCAGCUGAAUUUGUUAUCAGAAAGGUUUUGGAGAAGAGACAAGARCAGGAACUCAAAGAUUUGGAAAACAUGUUCAUGGAAGAACGUAGAGUAGCUGUUGAUGAAGCGAUGGCAAAAAUGGAAGAGAGACAUGCUCAAGAACAAGAAGAACUUCGUCUCAAAGACCAAGCAGAACUUGAAGCUUUGAAUAARGAGAAAUUGAGCCCAAGCGAGCUUCAGCAGAAACGUGCACARCUAUUCAAUAAUCAACAGUUAAGACAAAGUAGACUUGACAAGAAACACGCUGACGAACGGAAAAAGAUCCAACAAGGCGCUGUGGCUGACUGGGAAGUUAGAUUUGCGAGAGCUAAAUUAGAGUUGAAAGAAAAACACUACACGGAAUAUGCCGACUGCUUGAACCAACUGACACCKGAACAAGCAGAAGAYCAUCGCAAGUCUGUAGAAAAAGCAAUGGCGGCCGCUAGGGAACUMGAGGAAGUCAAGAAAAAACUUGAUGAACAAAGGAUUGAGAAUGAAGAGAAAAUYAGGAAAGAAAAUGAAGAUUUUGAACGAGAACAACGCGAUAGGAUGGAUGCUGAACUGGAAGCUUUUGAAAACCAACUUGARGAAGAAGAAGAAGAGGAAAAGAAAAAGAACGAGAAAGCAAUUCUUGCUUUGAACGCUCGUAAAGAGGCCCUCCUUAAAGAAAAGAAAGCAAAGGCCAAGCAAGAAAUGGAGAGACUCUCCAAACAAGGCGCUUCCAAAGAAGACCAAGAGGCGGUCUUGAAGGAACACAGCAAAGAUCUUGCUAAACUAAUGAACAAAAUGGACGCGGAUAGAAUGAGAAUGCAGAGCUCGCUUGAAGAAAGACUAAAGAAGAAACGCGAGGCAAAGAAAAGUGCUAAAGUGCARGAGCUAACCAAUAAGAUGGACGAUGAAAAGAUUGAAUAUGAAGAGAAACAACAAGCAGUUCAAGAGAGAGAACAAGCUAAAGAAGUCAUAGCACUCAAGGAAAGCAUCCAAGUAGACAAUCUUGUAUCAGACACUAUCAAAUCUGACGCCCCAGCCCCUCCUCCUCCAAAACCAACCGAAAUGCCAAGUAGCUACCAGCUUAUAGCACCAUUGAGUGAAGGCGAGUUGACUAGUAUGCUGAUGGCUUCACCACUCUACCAGAAACUCGAGUCCAUCAAAUCGUUACUCAAAGGAGGCGCAGGAAAGGGAGGUGGYGGACCGGCAGGAUCAUCAGGAGAAAGCUACAUUGAUAUCAAAGACGACACAUUGUUCGGUGGUGACGACGAGCUUGUACCUGUUGACCUGAACACUCUUCCUGGUCGAUCAUUUGUCGUCUACAAAUUCGGCUGCUUYGUUGCUGAUCUUCUUGCUGUCCAUUGYCAUCAUAUUCCUGUUACUCUUCUGCUUGCCACAAAGCUUCCUCCAAAUACAUAUCUUGAGAGAAACGCUUACCGGAACUCAUUCUUYUACGAUGCCAACAACCGCAUCUUGUACAUCAGAAAUGAGCGAAUGGAYAACGUGGGCGAGUUUGUGGUUGUGAUUGUUCACUGCUUGGCGCAUAUCGCUGCUGGUGACUUAAGGGACGAUUCUAAUCCUGUGUUCUUAAAGGAAUUCCAUCAUGGACUGGCCGUCAUKUGUGAUGACCUGUUCUUCUCUCGCUAUAGAAGAUCGUCUGCUUUGUCACAAACUCUUGCUUCAUUGCCUGACAGUAUCAAGGUUGAAGAAGCAAGUCGAGAGCUGCUCGAGUCAGUCUUUGGAGACUCUCAUACCGAGGCUGACAAGUCCAACAUCGUUGAAGAGCUUCUCGACCUUCGUCUCCUUCGUGGAGCGAAUCGUGAAGGUGUGCACUUUACACAGGAAGGUUUGAUAGAAAGACUCACCAAAUAUAGCAGCUUCUCUCUCAGCUCAAACCUUCGCGCCUACCUCGGCGACGUUGAUGUGAAAGCKGACAGCGCGAGACUACAAGGCUCUGAUGAAUAUAUGCAAAAACGGCUGCGUCAACUCACUGGUCARCAAGAGAGACCUGUGUCACGCUACGCUCAGGCAUCUGGGGAUUUGACGACAAGAGCAAUGUCACGCCAAGCAGCACGAACAAUGGCUGUGUCACGAUCAGCUACUAGUCUACCUUUGUCAGGAAAGUCCCAAUCAAAACAGAAAGAUAAGACGAAAGACGAAGACUUAUACAAAGUAUACUUAGAGGUCCAAGUCUCAGAAGUACAAGACAAGGUUGACAAUCUGAACGAAGAGUUUGCCAGGCUAUCCCGACAGUCACUGGAAGCCGAUAACAGCAUCCGCGAACUUGAACAGGAAUUAAUGGCGCAAAUGGAUCUUCUGAAAGACUCCCCUGACCAUUCACAAAACAAACACUUGAUUCGAGAAACUGCAAGUAAACUCACCGCCGCCAAGUCAAACCGCGACUCGCUGGCUCUGCAGAAAAGCAACUGCUUACAGAGGUUUCAGUUGUUUAAGAAACAGUUGGAGGAAAAGACCAGUCAGUUGGACCUACACAAAACAAAACCUGAAAACGAACGCCAGCAACAAACUGAAAAGAAGCUACAGGCUUUGACCAAAGGACAGAAAAAACGCGGCAAGAAAUAAAGCAUUGUAAAUAAUGACGAAAAUAAUCACAUUUAGGAUAGCAAGAAAGUGAACAAAUCUGUAAUAUAAUUCYCGGUUCAUAAGAAUAUGAAAACCGGUGUCGUUAUCUCAGUUAUUAGUCGUACAUAGUACAAUAUGAAGCCAUUUCAUCUAAAAAAAAAAACAAUAUUAAUUCUGAGUGGCACAUAAUUUAAUAGUUGAUUUAUUUAUUUGUCACAAUGUGAGCUAUGAUUGAAGAUAGGAAAUCAGUAGUAUUUUUAUAUUCACUAGGGUAUUUUUAUACAGAUAUUUAAAAAUCAAUUCAAUAAUUUACCACAAUAAAUAGGUAUUAAUAGUCGUUAUCAAUCGUACACACCCAUCAUACUGUAUUGCCCAUACUACAAGCUGUACAAUUUUAAAUAAACACUUUUAAAAUAUUA